AUGGCAGCCCGCGAAAAAACCCCCGCCUACGUCCUCGGCGUCGGCAUGACGGAAUUCAUCAAGCCGCGCAACCUGCGCGACUACCCGGAGCUGGGCUACGAGGCGGGCAUCAAGGCCAUGCUCGACGCGCAAAUCAACUACGACGACGUGCAGACGGGCAUCGCCUGCUUCAACUACGGCGACUCGACGUGCGGUCAGCGCGUCUUUUACCAGUUUGGCAUGACUUCCAUUCCCAUCAUCAACACGGGCAACGCCUGCGCCACGGGCUCCGCGGGCCUGUACCUCGCCCGCACAAUGGUCCGCAGCGGCGCGCUCGACUGCGUGCUCGUCGUCGGGUUUGAAAAGAUGGAGCCGGGCCACAUCAAGGACAAGUGGACGGACAGGGCCAAGCCGACGCAGCUGAGCCGCCAGAUGAUGGAGGACAUGUGCGGCACGGCGCCGGGACCGCUGAAUGCGCAGUAUUUUGGAAAUGCGGCGAGGGAAUACGGAGCCAAGGCGGAAGACUUUGCCGAAAUCGCCCGCAUCAGCCACAAGCAUUCCCAGCGCAACCCGUACGCGCAGUUCCGCCAAGAGUACUCGCUGCAACAAGUCCUCGACUCGACCAUGAUCUACCCGCCCCUGACCAAGCUGCAGUGCAGCCCCACGAGCGACGGCGCCGGGGCCGCCGUCGUCGUCUCGCAGCGCUUCCUCGACGCGCGGCCGCACCUCCGCGGCCAGGCCGUGCUCAUGGCCGGGCAGCAGUUCACCACCGACUCUGACCGCCUGUACUCGCGCAGCGCCAUCCAGCUCAUCGGCUACGACAUGACGCGCCGCGCCGUCGCGGCCGCCCUGCGCGAGGCGCAGACGUCGCUCGACGACGUCAAAGUCUGCGAGCUGCACGACUGCUUCUCGGCCAACGAGCUCAUCUUGCUCGAGAGUCUCGGCUUCAGCGACGUCGGCCGCGCGCACGAACUUGUGCGGCGCGGCGAUAUCACGUACGGCGGGCGCGUCGUCGUCAACCCUUCGGGCGGGCUCAUCUCAAAGGGCCACCCGCUCGGCGCCACGGGCCUCGCGCAGUGCGCCGAGCUCGUGUGGCAGCUGCGCGGCUGGGCCAACAACCGGCUCGUCGAGGACAUUGACGUUGCGCUGCAGCAUAACCUGGGGCUGGGCGGCGCGACUGUCGUGACGGUGUAUAAGCGCGCGGAUGGGGCCAAGAAUGCGCGGGUCGGCAGCGAGGAGAUUGCAAAGAGCAGCUGGCUGGGGUAUAAUCCGGCCGUGGAGGCGCGUGGGUUUAGAGAGGCGGAUGCGGCGAGGGCGAGGAGCCGUACGGCGAGGAGCGAGUUUGCGCUGUCGGAUACGCAAAAGAAGAUUGAGGCACGUUUGUAG